GUCUUUCAGAGAUGUUUCACUUCAUCAACAAUGUGUGUAAGUUGGGAGAGGUGACACGCUUAUGGAUUGGUCCUCAUCCCAAUAUUCUUAUCAGCGGACCACGAGCCACUGAGGUGAUGCUGAGCAGUUCCAGGCACCUGGACAAGAGCCUUGAUUACCGCUUCCUGCAUCCAUGGCUCGGCACCGGCCUACUUACCUCCUCAGGAAGUAAGUGGCACUCCCGCAGAAAGUUACUCACUCCGGCCUUCCACUUCAAGAUCCUAGAGGACUUCCUGGGGGUGUUCAACACCCAGAGCAGCAAAUUGGUCAAGAAACUGACGAAGGUUGCAGACGGAAACGUUUUCAACAUCUUUCCUUACAUAACACUUUGUACCUUGGACAUCAUCUGUGAAACAGCCAUGGGUUGCUCUGUCAACGCUCAAGACAACGAUAAUUCAGAUUACGUCAAGGCAGUGUACAGAAUCAGUUACCUUGUGCAGCAACGGACAGCCGUCCUGUGGCAACAGUCAGACAUUAUUUACUGGCUGAUGGGGUACGCUAAGGAGCACGAUGCUUGUCUCAAGAUUCUUCACGAUUUUACACGACAAACCAUCACCAGAAGACGCAAAGCUUACGAGCAGAGGAAGCUGAAAAGUAAUGAAGAAGGCACUGAAUUACAAGGUGAGAAGAAGCGCCUUGCCUUCCUGGACCUGCUGCUGGAGUCAUCAACUGAGGGAGGGAAGAACCUGACUGACCAGGACAUACAGGAGGAAGUGGACACCUUCAUGUUUGAGGGCCACGAUACCACCACCGCCGCCAUCAACUGGAUGCUCUACCUCAUGGGCCAUCACCCACACAUCCAGGCUCGAGUUCAUGAAGAACUGGACAGCAUCUUCGAAGGAACAGACCGACCAGCCACCAUGGAUGACAUCCGACAGAUGAAAUACACUGAGAACUGCAUCAAGGAAGCUCUCAGAUUCUUCCCGUCUGUUCCUUACAUCGGCAGACAUCUCAAGGAAGACAUCGUUAUCAAUGAGCAUCGCAUCCCAGCGGGCUCAACGCUGAUGCUGGUGACAUACUCCUUGCACCGUGACCCUGACCAGUUCCCUGACCCCGAGCUGUUUGACCCUGACCGCUUCCUGCCGGAGAACACCAACAAGCGACACCCCUUCGCAUAUGUUCCCUUCAGCGCUGGGCCCAGGAACUGCAUCGGUCAGAAGUUCGCGAUGAUAGAGGAGAAGAUCAUAGUGAGCAGCAUCCUUCGUGAGUUCCGCGUUGAGAGUAUCACCAGCGGAGAUGAUCUCCAGCUUCUUGGUGAACUUAUUCUCAAGCCUAAGAAUGGCAACUUGAUCAAACUCUUCCCCCGAGCAAACCAGAACCAAGAGACAUGAAGCCCACUCCUCCCACACUCCCCCGACUAACUUUGCUAGGAUUAAAUCUUAUUGGCUGCAAUUCAGUCAUCAAGGUUUCAUUUAAUUUGCACAAUGACAUUAAGCAUAAUAUCUAAUAGAUGUUAAGGUAAACUCUGGGUAUAUUCACUGAAUAAAUAACUUUUAGAUAAGCAUACUCUGUUUGCACACCUUAAUAAGGUCACAGUAAACAGGUGAUAUCACAAUAUGCAGAACAACCACUGUGGACAAAUAAUAGAAUUCCAAGUGCUUUUGUGAUUUCUCACAUUAUCAAGGAAAUAGAAAAAAAUCAACAGGGAGACAUAAAAGGAACGAGACUACACCUCACAUCCACCACACAACACUUGACUUUUUAUGAUGAUGUAAGCAUUAAGAAAUUAACUUGUCAAAUGUAUUUUAAAUUCUUCCCACAUUUUAAUAAUUAUAAACGAAUCCAAUUUGUAAAACCCUAUAAACCAAAAGCAAUAUUCAUAUUAUUUUCAAAA